AUGUCCACUCUCGACUACGCCUGGUUUGACAGGGUGGGGAAGCUGCCCCCACGCCUUACCUUCCUCACUUUCCUGAUCAUCUAUGUGAGCAGGAAUCCCAAAGAUAUCAUGACGUCCUACUUCCACUUUAGUCGGUUCAUGAAGAUUUUGGAACAAUCAGAGACGUACAACGAGCUGAUGGAGAGAUUCUUCAGUGGGCGGAUGGUCGGCGGCUGCUGGUUUGAUCACAUCAAAGGAUGGUACACCAACAAGGACAAAUACAACAUCCUGUUUCUCAGCUAUGAGCAGAUGAUCCGGGACCGGAGAGGUGCCGUGGUGCAGAUUUGUGAGUUUUUGGGGAAGAACGUGUUGGAUGAUGUCAUCGACAGUGUGGUGGAGAAAUCGAGCUUCAACUACAUGAAGAAAGACCCAAAAGCCAACUACGAAUUUUUACCUGAUGAUCUUGCAGAUCCAAUGAAAGGCGCUUUCCUGCGCAAGGGUACAGUGGGAGACUGGAAAAACUCUCUGACUGUGGCACAGAAUGAACACUUUGACCGUGUUUAUCAGGAACAAAUGAAAGAUCUGCCACUGGACUUUGUGUGGGACAUCACAGAUCUACACGCAUAA